AUGAAUUUUAUAAAAAGAAAGGGUUGUUUUCUUCUUUUUAAAAAUGUAAAACAUUUUUCUUUUUAUAAAAAAAGUAGAGAAAUAAUUUUACAAAAUACAUUAAGAAAAGGAAAAGACAAAAAUAAUGAAUCUUUUUUUUAUGGGUAUAAUGGGCUGAACAGGGGGAAUGAAACGAAUGGAGCGACCUUUUCAAGCUUAGCAAAAAGUGCAAACGAUGAAAAUGGGCAUGUAGUGCUAGGUAUAAGACAAAAUAGUGAUGAAAAGAAGAAGCAAGUGGAUGUAGGAGAUCACGUAUGUGAAGAAAUAGAAGGGGAAGAACUUAAUGACAAUAGUAAUGCUAAAGAAAUUAACAGAGAAAACAAGAUAGGGGAGGUAACAUCAUUUGAAAUAGAAAAAGGGGAAGAUAAGCAGGAUGUGCAUAAAAACAACGAUGAAGUUACGGAGGAGCAAGAUGACGAUAAUGAUGAGGAUGACAAAUACGCAAAAUCGUUCUACGAGAUUUACGAUGAUAACGACGAUACAUAUGAUUGCCCAGAGGAUCUUUUGAAGUUUAUUAAGAAGGAACACAUGAACAUAAAAAUAAAAAUAAAAUGCUCCAGUCCGAGAAAUAUGAAAAAAAGUGAUGUAAAAAAUGUGAUCAAUAACAUGUUUGAGGAAUGUGAAAAAAAUGCUCCUGAUAAUUGGCUAAAUGGGGAAGGGGAAGAAGGAACAGAAAAAGAUGGGGAAAAGGCUAAUGGGGAAGCAGCGGAUGUACCGAAUUACGAUAUAUACUAUUUGAAUUCAGAGUUUAAAAAUUUUAAUUAUCCCGACAGGAAUGUUUUAUGGCCUAACCCACUCGUGUACAACCAUCGCAUACAACCAUUUGUAUUAAGAAAAAGAAAAGAUGUAAAUGCGAGUGAACAUUUUGAAUGUGAUAAAAGAAAUAUGGAAAUAAAUAAAACAAGAUUACAAAAUUUAUGGUGUUAUAGUUCAAGUUAUGGAGUUGACUGGGACACAUUAGAUGCAUUAUAUUUAAAUUAUAAGAAUCAUAAAAGUGAACAUUUAAAUGAAUGGGAAAAUAAUAAAAACAAAAUUAUGCUUUAUGCGUCGAAGGUAUCUAAACGGAAAUUAAUAAAAAGUAGAAAACAGUUAUUAGAUAAGCUUAAUAUCGAUUACUCAGAUAAUGUGUAUGUAAAUUAUGACGACAAAAACGCGAUUCAAGAAGAUAAUUUGGACGACGAUCAAACAGAGUACAAUCUCUUAUUCCCUCGUUCCAUAUUUAGGAAAUGGACUCGCACGUUAUACUUUUACUGGAAGGACAGAUACAUGCAUUACUACAAUAACACUCUUUGCGAUUACUUAAAAGGAGAAGUUGUUGAUUUACAACUGCUUAGGGAACAGAAUGAAAGGAACUUGCAUUUGUCCAAAAAAAAAAUGUUAAGUAAGCAUUCAUUUAGUUUGAAGCCUGUUAAAGGGUCUAAUUUGUAUAUUACCAGAUAUGUAAAGAAGAAAAAUUUACAGGUUAAAGACAAUGACGCAGAAUUUGACUUAACGGGUGUUGGUGAAAACAUAUAUAACACUGUUCAGAAAAAAAAAUAA